AUGGGGAAGAGCAGGCGUCAGUUGACGUUUUUCUGGGCGCUCCUCGGCGUCGGUUUGUGUGCGGCGCUGUUUGAGGGAAGCCCCGGGGGUUCGGAGAGCGCUAGUCGCCCGUCACUCACAAGUGCGCGGGAUAUCUCGGUCUUUUCCUCUUCCCAGCAAACGCGUUUGCAAGCGAGAGCGCAAGAUAGUGGAGUGGAGCCGUUUUUCUCGCUGACGUUUGCUGCCGCGGAGGAAGUUGCGGGGAUCGGCGAGCAGGCGACAGCCGAGCUUGACGGCGGGCACGAGAGGGAAGCGGAAGACACCUCCGUGAACGCCAGCGUGGAUGAGUUCGCGGAUGUUGUUGUUGAAGAAGAUCCGUUUGCAGAAGGGAACGAGGACGCCUUGGAAUCGCUUCUCUCUGGCUUUAGGAGCCAGAAAGGGAAGGGCGAGGCCGACGGGCAAGCGGCGUCAGGCGACACCGGCCGCACGAGCGAGAGCGAGGCGAAGGACGUGGACAGAGAAGACGGCGAGGAAGACUUCUUUGAGGAGGUUCCAGUCGAAGGCGAGAGCGGCCGCGAUUUUUUCGUAGGGCCGAAAAAGAACAGCUGGCUAGAGAAAGUGAAGCGGUUUGCGAAGGGUCACAUGAUGCAGCAGCCAGACACUGCGCAGAUCAAACUGCCGCUGAAAGACACGCUGCAAGAGAAAGCCCUGAAAGCCAGUCAGGAAAAAGAAAAGAGACGGCAGAAGCGCAGAAAGAAACUCGCCAUCGAACGCCACAAGGAGGACCAGAAAGAGAAAUUCGACUCGUCAGUCGAACUGGCUGAAAAGGAAGCCGAAAACAAGAAGAUCAACAAGAUGUGGCAGAAGAUCGUCACUAUGUUCGAGAACCGGUUCUAG